CUCUUAAACAAAGAUUAAGGGUGUUUCAAGAACAUCCUUCACUUGAAGUAAACAAAGACUUGGGUUUGGUCUCAAAGGUUACUUGCAAGGCAUAAUUAAAAAGCGUAAAGAAGCUUUUCUCUCACCUCUCUUAUAUAGCCUUUACGUACUUGAAUCUCAUCAUUAAUCUUUCUUCCAUCAGAAAAGAUUUCCCCAAAAUCAGAGAAAAGCAUAGAGGAUGAACAAAGGAAAAAGCUUCAAAGAUAUGGAGAUCAAUGUUGUUGAUGAAGAUCAUCAAGGAAGUGCUCAAGAAGAGAUCGAGAAGCCACUUCUAGAAGAAGACAAAGACUUCCCCGAUAUAGAAAGAACAACAUGGAUACAAAAGGCAAUAGGUCAAACGUUUCAAACCACAGCUCAUUUAGCUAAUCUCUUACCAACAGGAACGGUUCUAGCGUUUCAACUCUUAUCUCCAAUUUUCUCAAACGGCGGUCAAUGCGAUUUGGUUAGCGAGAUCAUGACAUCGGUUCUGGUGGCAAUAUGUGGAUUCUCUUGUUUCAUACUUAGCUUCACGGAUUCUUACAAAGACAAGAACGGUACUAUAUGCUACGGGUUUGCAACAGUCCACGGGUUUUGGAUCAUUGAUGGAUCGGCAACGCUUCCCCAAGAGUUAUCUAAGAAAUAUAAACUAAGGUUUAUAGAUUUUGCGCAUGCUUUCAUGUCGUUAUUGGUGUUUGGUGCGGUGGUUUUAUUCGAUCGGAAUACGGUGAAUUGCUUUUUUCCGGCACCGUCAGCUGAAGCGUUGGAGGUUCUCACGGCGUUGCCGGUAGGCGUGGGGGUGUUUUGUAGUAUGUUGUUUGCAUCAUUUCCCACAACACGCAAUGGUAUUGGUUUUCCAGUUCCUGGUAACAAAUGAUUUUAAUAUAUUUUUAUUUAUUUGUAAUUUAUUCUCUAUGCUUUAACUUGUUUGAUCAAGAUUCUUUCUUUUGAUGUUCACUUUGAAAAGACAUUACAAAAAUCAUGUAAACGUUUCUAAUAGAGAUGUAUGCAAGUAAUCAUAAUAAACUCAUAAUUUAAUGUAAAUAACAUUCGUGAGUAAUAUAUUAUUUUACGUAUUUUUCAAAAUAUGUAAUAUGUAUGAUUGAUUAAAAUGAAUUACAUCAUGAAAGCCCAUUAAGAUAAAUUUAUUGUCACAAUGCAAUACCCCUCUCACUCCGUCGUAGUGGAGAAUGUGCAGAAGGGAUAGUCGGAAAAGUAAACUAUCUGAUUCCCAUCACAUAAAAUGAGAUUUAAUUCAAAAAAAAAAAAAGUAAUUUAAAUUACCUCAAAUCGCCAUCUCAGAUUAAGCACGUCUCCGGAUGGACCAUCCCGACAUGGAUCAUCAGAUCUCUUAGACAAGGAUCUGGCAUAGCAGACUAUUUGCUGCUGUAUUAGUUAGGCAACUAACUCUCACGAAACAUUCUCGUGAAGCCGAGAGGGAGAUAUUUAAUCUCUCCUUCUCAAUCGGGUACCAAUAUGUUGCUCGAACCCUGGUGCGACGCGUUUUCGUGCUGAGUCACUACCACUUUGCCUUGGUUCGAAUUGGUGUCCACAUAUCUAAUUGUUUAAUAUUUAACUAAAAGUCUAAAAUGUAGAACUUAAUUUUCGGUUUAAUCCGGUUGGAUAUAAAAGAUUCUCAGAGCCAGAGUCAAGUUGUUCACGUACACACAAUUUUUUUUUGUUCUGAUUCAUCCGCUGUUUGAUCACAUGGAAAAUGAUGGAAAUAUAGUCAAACCAGUUUAUCUUUUCUAGUAUAUGAUCAAUGCUUGUGCUGGCUUGGGAGUUAAGAGAUGUUAACGUAGGAAGAAAAAGCCAAUGCUAUAUCAGCCGGUUCUGUUCUUCAAUUUGCCCAUGUUUUAUCUUUUUCACUUCUAAAUUCAUCAAAAGCCUUUUCCAGAUCAUGGCAAAACGCACAAGAGCUCCCGCCCACAGCUCCGAAAAACCGACCGUCCAUGGUUCGACCCUCUUCCUCUGCUACCAAGUGCCUCUCAGAUGCAUCUUGGAAUGCUGCUAGGGAAGAUGUAGUUUGGGUUGGGUUUCUAAGGAUGCAUCUUCGAACUCUUGUCUUGGGUUCGGCUCUUCUCACCGCAUGUUUAGUUGGCUCAGCUUUAGUGGCCGAAGCGCUAGCGGUAAAGGCAGCGAUGUCAGCUGCCAUCUCAUUGGGACACCAAAAGCUGGAAUGCUUUUCGGACUCUAAGGGUCUCGUGUCUCUCCUAGUUAACAAGGGUUCAGCAGUGGAAAUUAAAGCAAUUUCUCAUGAUAUCUGGUGUCCGACCGGCGCAUUCAACAUAUCUUACAACUUCUAGAAGAUACACCGGCUUCGAGGGUGUGCAGACCAGGCGCAUUUGCGCAGGGUCCCACUUUUAUUCAUCAAAUUUCUUUUAACAUUUAAGGCCCUGAAUUUUUGAAAUUUUGUAAAAUAGGUCAUAAAAUUUAAUAUUAUACAUAAAAUUCCAAUAGAAAUAUGUUGGCUCAGGGCCCAAUUUUAAAUUGAGCCUGCCCUGGCAAUACACAGCAGUACAACACCACACCAGUGAAGCAUUGUUAGCUAAUUUUCCAGCCGAUGCAGCAGCUACAGCGGAUAAAACAGACACGGAAUAAAUUAGCGACAUCAGCAUCUAAUUUUCUACGUCUUUGGCAAUCUAUUAGCUACUACUUUGGCUUUUGUCACUGUCAUUUUUGUCUCCUUCACGGUAUUUUUUUUGCUGCUAGGUGGCGAUUAUAAAACGAACAACACUAAGUCAUAUUCAUUGAUGAAUCCGGUUAAGUAUGUGUUUGGUUAAAGGAAAUUUUGUUUCAAGUUGACCAAAAAUAAAGAGUUAUUUGUUUCUGUAUAAAAUACUUCUAGAAGUUGUAAGAUAUGUUGAAUGUACCAAAUAAUUGAAAAUAUUAAAUAUGUCAUGUGUAUCUCGUCCACGUAGAGAUACACUUAACCAAACAAGACUUGUAUACUUCUCCGAAAUUUCGUCUCUCUUAUUGUCAUGUCGUAUUCCCCGUAACUCAACUUGUGAGAUUAUUUGGAUAUUCUGGAGUAUUUGUUUCUUCUUUCUUUGUUUUUUUGUGCUUGUUUCUAUGCAUCACCAAAUAAUAGAGAAAAUUUUGUCGUUACUUUUAUAAUCUCUAACUCUGUCAAUAUCAAAAAAUGUACGUACGUGUGUAGUCAUACAGGCCACUUGCUUGGACCAGAGACAGCCGUUGAUCCAUCAGUCCAUUUUCUUUAUUUUCUUAAAAACUUCUUUGCCAAACAAACUAAAACCGUGUUUCUGUAGCAGACUCGCCGUGCAUUAGAGUCUAUAUAUACACCAAGAAUUCUCCAUUUGAGAUAACUUCGAAACCAAAACACUUUCAUUCACGACUUUUCUCUUUAAACAUUUUCAAGAACAAGAAAAUCUUAACACUAUCGAGAUAUCAUGGUAAGAUCAGAAUUAGGAAGAAGGAGAUCUUUAUCUGGAGCUGAGAUGGCGCCGGCGGCCAUGAUUUAUCGCCGGGGAUGUUCAAUGAUUCCGACACUAGAGACCAUUUUCGAAGAAAGGUCGGAUGAUUCAAAAGUCAUCAUGGGACAAGGACACCGUCUUUUACUUCUUGUUCCGGCGAUUAUAUCGGCCGUCUCAUGUGUUUUGUUGUUUAGACAUGACCGUGUUGUUCGAUUUUCUUGAACAUGUUUACAAACAUACAUACAUAUAAGUUUUUCGAUGUUUUGUUUGGAAAAUGUAUAAGCAGAAGAGUUAAAUUCUUAUAUAUAAUCUUUUGUACUUCAUUUGUUCACUUCAGUCUCAUAUAUGAAUUAUAACAUGUGUUCUAGUGCU